AUUUUUGAUUUACUCGAGGUCAUUUACAGAUCAAAUAUUAGAAAGUGCGAUUACACAGCGGAGUUAGUUGACGAAUAAACAUUAUCUCGGCUAGUUGUAGACUGAUAAACAAGAGCAAAUUACUUCUCAUAAUGUCUAACAGUAAACCCUUUUAUGAUCCUGUGCGUAAAGAAGUGCAUGGUCCAAAACCUUCUGGAUUAUUGACAGAUACAAGAGGUUUAGGUUGUUUUGUACUGGAUGCUAUGAAAAAAUGGGCGAAGGAAAAUAAAAUAGCACAGAUUAUUGCAGAAACUGGUUAUGAAGAUCCAUAUAAAUCUUUAUUAUCACGAUGUGUUCGUACGGCUAUAGCAAUGAGAGAACUUGGAAUACAAAAAAACGAUAUUAUAACAAUUUGUUCUAAUCAUCAUCUGAAUUCUGUCGUACCACUGAUUGCCGCUUCUUUUCUUGGUGCAAUUACAGCCCCGACAGAUCCUUCACUCUCAUUAGACGAAACAAAACACCUGUUAAAUUUGGUUAAACCAAAACUUGUGUUUGCUUCUCCUAAUUGUGUGGAAUUAAUAGCAAAUAGUUUGGAUAAAACUGACUUUAAAUGUGAACUGAUUGUGUUUGGUAAUGAUAAAAAUUCCAAGUACAAAACAUUUGAUUGGUUCUUGCAGGAACGCAGUGAUGAAAACAGUUUUGAACCUGUCGUUGUAGAAGAUUUGUUGUCGACUUGUUUGAUAUUAUUUAGCAGCGGCACGACAGGAUUGCCCAAGGGGAUCUGUUUGACUCAUAAACUUGUUAUGAAAUCAAUAAGUGGAAUGACAAGUCUGAAAACUCCUGUGAAAACUUUUCUGGGAUAUGCUUCGUUAUAUUGGGUUUCAGCUGUCAUAAUCGGUAUUUCAAGCUUGGGCAUUGGUGCUAGAAGAUUGCUAUGCCAAUCAUUCAAGCCGGAAUUAGUCUGCGAUAUUAUCGCAAAGUAUCAAGUUGAUUACUUGUUCAUUGCUACGGUUCAGGCGAUACAAAGUAUUCCAUUUUUAAACGACAACGGCAACAGGGUGAAAUAUAUGAUGGUGUCUGGAAGUAAAAUCGCACCGUGUUACUUAGAGAAGUUGCGUGAAAAACUUCCGGAUGCUUUUAUUGCUGGUCUUUAUGGUCAGACCGAAGUUGGGUAUAUUACACAACUUACAGAAAAAGAUCACAACUAUUCCAAGUUGGAAUCUUGUGGACUUCCAAUGGCAGGACUUACUAUUAAAAUUGUUGAUCUUGAUACUGAAGAAAAUCUACCCUUGGGUAAAGUGGGUGAAAUCCGCGUGAAAACCGAUUGUGGAUUAAACGGUUAUUAUCGUCAAGACUCCUCUGGCGUUUGGGACUCAGAGGGAUAUAUUAUGACGGGUGAUUUGGGCUAUUUCGACAAUGAUCUCUGCUUGUUUGUGACGGAUCGGAUUAAGGAGAUGUUCAAAUACAUGUCGUGGCACAUCGUCCCGGCGGAACUCGAGGCGACCUUACAGACUCAUCCAGAUGUCGACUUGGCUAUCGUUAUUGGAAUUCCGCAUCCGGCCGACGAUAAUCAUGCAUUGGGUAUUGUUACGCUACAACCCAAUGCGAAUGUAACUGCGAAGCAAAUUGAGCAAUACGUGAACGAUAGAGUUAAUGACAGGCAUAAGUUACGUGCGGGUGUUAUGAUUUUAGAUGCUAAGGAAUUACCCAUUACUCCAACUGGGAAGAUUAAUAGACGUUUAGUUAAAAAAAUUGCUGAAUCUAAAUUAGCUAUAAAUAACAACGUAUAAUUUAUCUUCAUGUUUUUAAUGAUAUUAUGUAUUAAACAAUGAAAAUAGUUGGUAUAUAUUAAAUUGAUCACGCACAUGAACAAA